CAGCGAUUUGUUUGGCUCUCUAACUGAAAAAAAAAAGAGAGUAUUAACAAAAGUAUUUUUUUUUUAAAAAAAAAAGAGUCAAAAACAAUUAUGGAAAAUAUAAAAAGUGAAGAACCUACUGUGACUUCUUCCAAUAGUGAGACUGCCACUACUACUACUACAAACAAUAAUAAUACCAUUGCUGUGACUAGUAGUAGUCCCACAACAACUUCAUCAGCCUUUCAACCAUUUCAACAAUUACAUGAAGCAGUAUUAGCUGCUGUCAAUAGUCAUACUGCUACCAUCCCUAGUAAUAUUUUUUCCGCUGCUGUAGCUGCUGCUGCUGCGGGCAAUAAUGUAGCCAUCCAUCCUCCUCCUCCCCCUUCUUCUUCUCAAUCAUUCACUCAACAACCACAAACACAGCCACGUCGUACUGCUUUAAGUGAAAUGGACGAAGCCAAAAAAGCAAGUAUACGUGCUUCUAAUAGGGAAAGAAAGAAGAAAUGGCGUAUUCAUAAUGAAGAAAGAAAUAAAGACAAUGAUUUAAGAUGUAGAGUUAAUAAAAGAGCUACUAAAUUAUAUGGACCAGAAGAUACACCAGAGAAACGACAAUGGGUUAAAGAAGAAUUUGAAAAGCGUCGUCAAAAACGUAUGGAUAAAGAACGUAGAAAACAUAUUGUAAAUAAUGUAUUGUCUGUACCCGGAACAACAACAGAUACUACUGCUACCACAACUGAAACCAAUUCUAAUGGACAUAAUCCUUCUACUAAUAAUGUUCAAAUACCAAGUAUUGUUGGCGCUAGUCAACUUCAAAACUAUUACACGCCUUUACCUCAAAUUGAUACAGCUACUGCAGCUAAAUUAUUGGAUUUCCCCUCUGAUUUACAGCGUCAAUUAUUAGAGCAAUUGAAUAAUAGUAUGAUGGCUCUUACUGGCGCUAGUUUAAAUCCUCCUCCUCCUCCUCCUACUACUACUACCACUACCACUACCACUACCGAAGAAACUCAAACUAAUAAUGAAAAUACUACCACUACUACUACUAAUACAGCUGAUAACCAACAACAUCAAAUGGAUACAAAUUCAUUUCAUACUACUACAAACGACAAUAAUGCAACUACAACAGCUGUACAAGAUGCACUCCAGCAAGUGAUUGCACAUGGACUCUCUACUACAACGAAUAGUACCGUUAGUAGUGACCAUAAUUCGCCUAUUCAAUAUAAUACAACAGAUCUAAUGGAAAAUAACAAAGAAAAUGAAUCAGGAGAAAAGAGUGAUUCAAUCAUGAAUGCUUCCACUGUAGAUAUUCCUCCUACCACCACCACCACCACCACCACCACUACCACCGACGCUGACAAUGAGUCAAUAAAGAAAGAUAAAGCAAGUGAAGAAGCCAAUUCAAAAAAAGAAGAGGAACAAACAAAAGAUGAAAAGAAGCCAGAAUAUCCGAUGGAUGCUGUUCUUACUUUGAUGCAAUUGAAUGCUGGUUGGAGACAAUAACAUGAUAAUAAUAAAAUUCUUUAUAAAUGUAAUAUG